UUUGGGAAACCUGGUUGGCAUGACACAAUGGGCUGAAGGGCCUGUUUCCGUGCUGCGUGACUCUAUAAAUCCCACCCCUUAGCAAUGACACACCCAUCCCAUGAAAGGAUUUAACAAAAUACAAAUGGAAUGCUUCUUCUGUCAAGAUCAGACUGAUGAUGCUCAGUCCCUUCAACAUCAUUGAAGUCAUAAUUUUAUCCUGGAUCCUGGUUAUUUAGAGCCAUAACAAGGCAGAUGAGGUCCUUCGGCCUGUCGAGUCUGUCCCACUUUCCAACACUUGAAUGUAAGUUCUGAUGCCCAUCUGGGUACUUUUUAAAGGUUGUGAGGUUUCCUGCCUGUUCUGCUCCCCUCUCUAGGUGCUGAUAGCCCACGGGGGGUGGUGAGUGGUUAAGCUGACAUGCUAAGGUGGUUCCUGUAUCUCGGCUCCACCUCAGUCUCCGCAGGGAGAGCUCAGUUCCUGGGCUGCUCGUUGUCGAAUAGCCAGAUCCGGUUCGGAGCUCACCCUCGGGAUGUCUCUCUUUCAGGGGGACCUUUAUUGAAUUCCGGAAUGGGAUGCUGAAUGUGUCACCCAUCGGCCGGAACUGCACCCUGGAGGAACGCAUCGAGUUCUCUCGGAUUGACAAGGAGGAGAAGAUCAGGGAGAAGUUUGUUGCAGCCUUACAGAAGGAGUUUGCUGGUAAAGGAGUGAAGUGUACAAGAGGAGGAAUGAUCAGUUUCGAUAUCUUUCCCGAGGGCUGGGACAAACGGUACUGCCUGGAUAUCCUGGAAAAGGACGGGAUUAAAACCAUCCACUUCUUUGGGAAUGAGACUGAGCCGGUGAGAACUGACGAGAGGGUCAGGAGGUCGACGAGAGGGUCAGGAGGUCGACGAGAGGGUCGGGGGGGUCAACGAGAGG